UUAACCGCAGUAUGCCCCUACAGUGCCUAAAAUGGUAAAGAGCAGGAUGCUUAAGGAGGUGAAACUAUGGCUGGACGCGAUGGGGUGGCUCUUGCGAGGGGACCACCAUCUCCCCCAAUCAGGACUACAGUACUGAACAAGCUCAUGACAUGGUCAAUAGCUGUUAGAAUUAAUAUCCCCCGACGUUGGAUUCUCCACUCGACUUGCCUGUUUGAAAAGCAUUAGUCCCCUCACUGCUAGCAGAGAAUGAUAUUUUUAUCGCUUCAUCACAAGAACGCAGGUCGAAGGAGUUAUCUCCGC